GAGAUAACGGAACAAUGCUCCUCUUACAAUGGCCAUGGAUGGUGGUCAUGGCACUUUGCGUCCAUUCAUCAUGGUCUUGGUCUUUGGAACAGGCCUUAUCCGGGGUGAUUGAUCUCAAAAAUUGCGAUGUGGAGUUCAAUCAAGCAUCGAGUGCGACAAGUCCAGAGUUCCGAGCUCUAAUUCGAGAAAUUGGAGGUGGCCUAACGAAGCCAUUAAGAUGGGUCCAGGUGGAAGAAGCGUUAAAAAGCCGAUGGAUACCACUACCAAGAAAUUCGAGAUGCGAGACGAUUGUGGUCAUGGGAAACGAUUCUGAUUUGCUCAAACGAUACAUCAGACUUAGAGGAGAAUUAGAUCGAUUCAAUAAGCAUCAGACUCAUUUAUUCAUAACUUCGAAUCAUGAAAGCAUAUCUGAGGCCAUCUAUUCAUUCCAAGAAUUUCAGUACCAUGCACAUACAGUUCUCAUCAGCUUUAAGGAAAUCGAAUGCUGGAAACCGUCCAGAGGGUGCUCUUUCGAGGGCCACGUUUUUGACACCUUUGGCUCGUUCGCACCGACCAGGCAUUUUUCGACCUUACUUCAUCAAAAGUUACCUGAAUCCACGGCUUACCCCGAUUUGCUCAAGAACAUGAAGGGCUAUCAAUACACGUUGGCUACCCUUGAGUACUCACCAUUCAUCAUCAAAAGACCGGAUGGCACCUACUCAGGCCUGGAAUUUCUUUUAACCGAGUAUUUAGCUAGGAAGUAUAACUUCAGAAUGAAGGUGGUAAAUCCGCCAGAUGGCGCAUGGGGAAAACUAGAAAAUGAAACCUGGUCUGGUCUCAUUGGUCACGCUCUCUACGGUCUCUCUAAUUGGUCCAUGUCAGGAAUAGCCGUGAACCCAGAGCGGGAAGAUGUCAUCGAUUUUACUCAUCAUUAUGUUCCUGAGUAUUUCGAUUGGGUCUGUCCAUUACCCAAACCCAACCCAAAUUGGCCGGCCAUCUUCAAACCAUUUUCACUGUACACAUGGAUGUUUGUGAUUCUAGCCACAAUUUUGGCGGGCCCUGCCUUGAAUUGGCUGGAUAAAUACUCUCCACCGGAUCCCGUCUCGCACAUCCGUGACUUGGGCAACUCCUAUUUGUUCAUCUUUAGUGCUUUGGUGAAAGAUGUCCACAUAGACAACCAGUUCUUGCCCACGAGAGAGUCGCCACGUGUUUUCUUGACCGCCUGGUGGAUGUUCACACUGAUUAUAUUUUCCGCUUAUACUGGUAACCUGGUGGCCUUCAUGACUUCACCGGGAAUGCAAAGGCCUUUGGACACACCCCGGUUGAUGCUAGAGUCGAAAAUUCCUAUUGGAAUGUAUAAUUACCAAGGGUCCACAACCAUCGCCUUUUCGAGUGCAAACAAUCUGGAUUACCGUCGAAUAUGGAAAAAUAAAUUGUGGAUUGAGAGUUUUAGCGAAGCAUACAAAAAAGUGAUUGACGGUCAAAUGAUAUUUAUGGAUUAUCGAUUUGCCCUUGAAGCCUCUGUGCAUGCCGAUUAUAUUGAUGCUUUUGGUCGGCCGCUGUUGCAUUUGGCCAAUUACAAUACAUUCAGGUUCGGAACUGCAUGGGCAGUGCAGCCCAGGGGUAUGUUCAUUGAGGCCUUAAAUAUGGGCACAUUGCAUGCCGAUAUGACAGGGCACUUGAUCCAUUGGAAGAGCCAGGCUCUGUCCGAGAUGAGAUCCCGGUCCAACGCUGACCAACCAAAACUGGCUUGGAAAACUCUCAGGUCGCAACCUUUAACAAAGCCACUGACCCUGGAAGAUCUUCAAGGACCUUUCUUUCUCUAUUUGUUGUGCAUCUCUUUCUGUGGAUUAGUGUUCUUGGGUGAAGUUUUGAGAACAUGUGCGGUUGGCCCACCUACAAAAUCACAAGAAAUCCAUCCACCAGCUAUCUUCAAUAUUGAAUAUAAGUUUGAUUUAAGUAACUCGGGACUCUCUUUUGGCAAUUCAAAAAAUGAAUACGUACCACUGAAGGUUCCAAAAGUUACUAGAUAAGAGCUGGUUCUUCCUUUCUUUGCAGUUCUUUCAGUUAUGUUGUGAACUUUAAGAGGGCACAACUUUUGACCUUUUGGUCC